AUGACGAACAAGAAGAGGAAGUGUUUGAAGGGAGUGAGAAGUAUACCUCUGUAUGUUUCCUGCACCCAGCAUCCAGUAAAUAUGACAAGAAAACGCUCCGUCUUACUUAUUGGACUUCAUGUGAUUUGUCAAGCAUAUCUCUGUAACACUCUAAACAUCACUCAGUCCCCAACGCGUUUAGAGGUAAAGGAAGGCGAGAGAGCUAUCAUAACAUGCAGCUGGAAUGCUCUUCCCCCUGUCAGGCAGAUCAGAGUGUCCUGGAAAUUAUAUAAUAUUAUAUCUGCAGAAAGAAAUAACGAAACAACUUUAGCAUCUGUUUUAUGGGAAGAGAAAGACAAUGUCACCAUUAGUCCUAGAAGUCAUAACAAACGUGAUUACAUCGUAACUAAGGACAAAGCAGAGAUACAUAUUAACUCUGCUACAAAGAGAGAUGAGGGCAUGUAUGUCUGCGUAAUCAAUUUCGACAUACCUAUUCUUCAAAGAGGACAAGGAAAUGGUACAACAUUAAAUGUGUGCCAGACUGUACAGAAGAGUAAUCAUUCUGGUUUGGCUCGCAUCUCAACCAUGCUUCCCGUCAUGGUGUUGAUUGGAUAUUGUCUGUGCAUACGAAGAAAAAAAGCAAGUAUUCAUGGUAAAAUUAAGAUAGAAGAGAGGAUACAAGAAUACACGGAAUUGGACAUAAUCAAUGCAGAUAACUAUGACGCUGAUGGGCAAAGUUCAACAUCAUCAAAUUCUGUAAAAAGGGCUGUUUUAACAAUCUAUGAAUAUUCUGACUACUUGUCAAUCAAAAAUCCUCAUGAAGAUAAACCGAAAUCAUCUACUCACCAGAGCCUUCCUGAUUGCCUGGAUUCUCAAUAA